AUGAGAGGCAACACUGGAGAGGGGCCCAUUAGGGCCUUGGACGAAACGUCUUUGGCCACCGGGGGGCAGCGAUGGCGAUUUAUUCCUCUUAACCAACGACUGAAAAACGCUUCGGCCCGCCAUUCAUCUCUUCCAUCUACUCUGUUCGAUUCCAGUUCAUCCAACGUCAACCCCGAUGAUACGAUAUUUUCUCAUUUAUCCGCCGCAUUGGUGGCUAAUUCCGAAAUCAAUAUCACCACCACAUUUUCCGAAUACGUUCAACAAGUCAAACCGCUCACUCAUUCACUCCCGCUCAUAUACAGAAAUCGAAAGAGGAUCGUCACCUUAACACUUGACGCCCUGCUUUCCUCAACAAAGAAUGCAGCGGAAGCCACGCCGUCCAUUGCCAACUGCCUUACCGCCUUGGCAAAAGACUUGGGCUCACAAGAAUUUCUUCCAUUCUUUUCGCGUAUGGUUGAAAUGUUUGCUGUCAUCCUAGAUACCGGCAGAACAGGCGGGAAAUUGACAGAUGACGCUGUUCCGAAGGGCUCAACUGCUACAGUUCUGUGGGAUCCGGAAGUUUCCAUGGUUCCGCUUUUCGCAACAUUAGCCGAAAUAACCAAAGAAUGCUUGCAUCCAUUGGCUUCUAAUCCUGCCCAGACUAUUACUGACUUGAUACCCCUUCUAAGUAACGCACACUUUCGCGUGCGAGAGAUGACGGCGGAGUCAUGCCUCGGAUACAUUGUUCGGAAAUCCCGAGACGUCGUUCUGGUGAAAGAUCUCGUCUGCAAGCUCCUAGAAGUCUCAGAAGAUAAUAGAUUGAGGGACGGAAAAGAUCUUUUUCUACUCGACGGUUUGGGUGACUCCUUGUAUGAAGCAGUUCGGCUGCCUUCGGGGCGCCUUCAUUCAAGAGCAUGUGAAGUUCUUCGUCACUCUGUGCUACGAGCGAACGACUUCCACGCGAGCGCAUCGAACGGCCAUGAGUUUGUUACUGAGAACAGAAACCGCAUGCUUCAGGUUAUUUCACUCUGUCUGUCCCGUCUUUCCCGCCAUCUUAAAAGCUCAGCUGACAUUCGCUCGGUUGGCCUCGUUUUUCUCGAAGUGGGGAAUGCUGCGAAGAGAGAAGGGAAUGCACAGCAAACUGGAAACGUUGCGUUUCUGUCAAACCGGUGGCUUCAAAGUACUGACAGAAGCGUAACUUCUUCUCAUGACCAGGUGCUUCUUCAAAAGUUUUUACUUGCGUUCUCGGGAUGGGCUGGUACUUUUGCAUCGAACGCUUAUGUCGUCUACGAAUGCCUUGGCGGAAUAGCAAUCAUAAUUUGCACAUCUUUGGGCGAUAAGUCUCGAGAAUCUACGCUUCGAGUGUUUUGCUCGGUUUUAUCGAAGGUGUCAAACACGACGGAGGCCGAUACGUUAUUGUGUGCUAUUGAUGUAAUCGUUCGGAUGCAGACGUGGAAAUUGCAAUUGGUGGAUCAAUCAGUCCUCAUUGUUUUCUCUAAAGUGUGCGAUCAGCUUGCUACGAUAACGGACCCGAUGCAGCUUAAUGAUUCGAGCUGUAGAGUAUCCGUUGUUGCUCUCAAUAGGGCUCUAGCCGUUCUGCGGCCCACAUCGAGAGGUGAGGUCUGGAUGAGAUUGCCAUCGGUAAAGAAACUCCGAAUACCGACACUCGAAAGGCAGCUUUUGACGAUGGUUUCGCAGCAGGCAAGUAGCAAACCGGCUGAGCGUGGAGACAAGCCAAUGUCAGGUCUUUUGGAAAGUGCCUUGGAAUACCUCUCGCUCGUUCCAUUUUUCAAUGACUCCGAAGCCCUACAGGGCCUUAUUUCGAUGAAGGGCCUGAAAUCGGAUGGGGAUGGAAGACUCUUGAGCGCUGUGAUCGUUCAAAUAGAUGGAAAUUUGCGGGACAAUUCCCCUUCUUUCCAGUCCGAUCUUUUGGUAUUAGUGGACCGGAUAUUGGUGGCAGCGGAGAAAUCAACCGUGACGCCGCUAGGAAUAGAAUCCUUAGUCCGGUUUAUCCAACUAUUUCCCACGCAGGCGAAGAAGAUUUUUCAGCGGCGACUUGAAAAGUCGGAAAAGUAUAUUGAGGUGCUUUCGUCAAAUUUAGGGUCUUCGGAGAGAAGUGUCAGGAUGCAAACAACUGAAAUGCUUCACGACAUCACAUGCUGUCUUCUUGACGAAGGCGUUUCUAGGGGGGGGAGCUACUCCAAGAAUGAUUUCCGCGGAAAUGUAUCGGGAAUAAUAGAGGACAUGCAAAGCUCUCUUCUAAGUGAAGGGUCACUUCCCAAAGGUUUCUUCGCUGCCUUACGACAUGUUUUACGUACACUGUCGACGUUGUCUGAGAUCGAUGAGAUCUUGCGACUGCUGAGAGAAAUGGCUCGCCUUCUUGCAAAAUCCAGCAAUGUGCACAGGCUCGUUCUUACAGCCUCCGUGCACUUUAGCGUUGGACUGCUUCGCACACCAUUCAAGAUGCUAUGGGAGUGUGCUGGAAGCAUUUGGAGUGCCGCUGCUUCUCACAUGGGCAAAGAAGCAGUAGGCGUGAUGAUGCAGAAUCUGAAACUAGCUGAAAACAAUUUGAUUCUCUUAUCUAAUGCGAAACGAGAAAGUCAUACAGAUCUUGAUGUCGAAGAUGUGGAGUUGGCAGGAUCUGAAGGCAAGGGGCCAUGUGACCCAGCAAGUGAAUCUAAUAGAGAUCAAAGCAGAGAGGGCACUUCUGAGGCUUUUCUAAAGACACACCACCUUCCAAGAGAAGGCGUGAAGCACUUGAAGAGAAGUCGUUCAUCUAGUGGGGCGGGCAGGAAGAAGAUGGCGUUUUGGCAACAAACAUUAAGGCAGUGGGACCAUGAAGAAUGGAAGAUGCAUUGCCAGGAGAAAGUGUGUCAGGCUAUAGCAGAAAUGCAAGACGCCACCGAGGAAGGCGAUGAACCAGGGAUCCUCGAGGGCACCACAGAUAGCUCAACAAUGUUGCGCCAAAUUCUUCGAAUACUCUCUGAAGACCAUCACAUUGUUUCCGCAUUUCGGAACGACAUUUUGCUAUCGUACUUGCAUCUUGACCCCAGUUUGUUUUCAAGAAGCGAAGGAGACUCACUAGCCAUCAGCUUUGCCAGUUUACUCGCAAAGUUGGGUGGUUUAAGGCUGACUAACACGGAUGAUCGAGAGCUUUUACUGCGCCGCCGUCUUCUUACUGAUCUCACGCGUCCAAAUCCCGCACUUCAACUUGAGUGCCUUAGAUGCCUUAGUUCGACUCGCUUGAAUCCAUUGAAGCCUUAUCGAGAAUCCUUCAUCCGCUUAACCAAAGAUGCAACAUUCCGAGAUGAGCUGAGCAAACUGGGCGACACCUUACUCCCGAACCUAGAAUCUGGGGAGAGAGGAAACAUCCCUACGGAGGUGGAUGACUUCAUACUCGAUGUCGUCCUGCGAAUAUGUUUCUCAAAAAUGACAGGCAAAGCAAACCGGACAGAAUCUAGGCGCGCUGCAGCUCUAGUAUUCAUCGUGUCAAAUCUUCCAAUAAGCAUCGCAAUACCAAGGAUCAUUGACCUGGUUCUCGCUCCGGUGGCCGGCAUCGUAAGCGAAACUCAAGAAGGGGUUCGUGACGGCACUGCGAUUUCAAUUAAGCGAUUUCCACCUGUAAGUGUCCAGAUGGGUCAGCUUACCUCCAUCGAAUCAAUAAUGAAGCAUUGUCUAAAAGCCCUCGACGCUGCUUCAUGUCGAAAACUUUCUGCAGCGUGUCUGGCCAUGCUGCAGAACGCCUCUAGCGGAUCUACGGCAAAGGCAAUCAGAUCUCGUUCUCUCCGCAUACUCGCAAAGAUGUGCGACGGAAGAGCGCAUAGUAGUGCAGAUAUUGUGCUUCCUGUUCUCGCGGCGAUGCGAAAGAGUAACUUUGAAGUCACUCGAAGGAGUCACAAUAGUGGGCUACCAAGCCUUCUUUGCUUCGUUGCCGCCGUAUUCAAGUCCAGUCCAUCCAAGGAACAGCAGCUAGUGGUAAUGAAGGAACCAUGGGCGGUUAUAUGGUCUUUGCACGUACUCAAAGCGAAAAACUCGUCUCCCGAAGCAGUUCAAAUGUCUCUUGUCGUUGCACGUGGUAUCUGUGAUUUAAUCAUUCCGCAGUUGACGACCUCUAGUGAGCAGCCUGAUUCAGUCAUCGAGAUUUCCUCAGACUACUCUGAAGUGACCUGUGAGCUCGUUUCAGCCCUGCAGCAGUUAUUGCAUAGACUAACUGAGAACGUGCUGACUGAACGAAAUGCGAGAAAGCACUGGGAUCCUAUUUUCCAUGAAGCCUUGCUUGUUGUAGAAAGAAUGAUACAUACCUCUUCGUUGCAGAGCCAUGGUCUGGUCAGUAUUGCUUCCGGACUCGUUCUUUAUUUAGAGAAUUCUCACACGUUUGAAAGCACAUAUGAGCACGCACUGAGAGUACUCACGGCAAUUUCACAACAGCUGUCUGUUCGAAGGACACCCACAAAUGUGGAUGAAAUUAACAAGAGCCUUUUACAAGUGCGUGCAUCUGCAAUGAAGUUACUGCCAUUUUUCUCCCAUGCCCGGUUUGUGCGACAACCUGGAACAUACACCCAGCUUUGCAAAUUUUUGGCUGUUCUUGAUGCUCCAGACUUGCAGGCCGCAGCGAACUAUUUACAAAUGAUGAACGCAAUGGAAAAGUCGCGUGUCGACUCUCCUGACGUGGACUGCCGAAUCGAUGGCUUGAAUUUAGUCAUCAGUGCGUUCAAGAGCGCAACGGAGACGUCGACCGACCAAAGCAUCUCCCCGGGAGAAGUACGGUUUUCACUACCGGGGAAUUCUGCUGCAGAGUCUCAUGGCGUGGUUUGCUCUGCUGACGCAAUAACUGCAAUUACACAUGGCUGUAUCUGCUUAGUGAUGUUUGAUGAUGUGGCCGUACGCGGGACCUCUGGCUAUGCUUUGCAGCUUAUUGGGGAAUGGUCUGGAAUUUCGAACUUGAACAGUGCAAGAGUUUGCCAAAGUCGCAUAUUCCGAUUGUUGAUGGAAGCUGUGGGGACUGCAACUACGGGAACAGUGCGGAGAGAGUAUACUAAAGCAUUUGCCGCAGUAGUUCGACACGCAAAGAAUGUCGAGAAUCAUGAUGAAUGGAAUGGGUACUCCUCCUUUCCGUUGCUAAAACUUCUCUCUAAUCGAAAAGACGUUGACUCUGACUUCUUUGAUAAUAUUGUACACUUGCAAGCUCACCGUCGAAGUCGAGCACUUCGCCUGAUUCGGAAUUCUAUCUUCGAGUCGAAUGACUGCUCGAGUCGCGAUGCUCUAACUUCACUUGCUUCACACUUCGCUCUACCAGUCGCGAUGCAAAUUGCGCUUGAAUUAUCUGAAGACGUUGAGCAACGCAAUGUAAGCUCACGACAUGCAGAAUCACGAGCAGGGGCGGAAAGCGAUGUGGCUGUUUGGGCAAUUGAGCUUGUUGGAGUUGCUGCCCGCUGGCUGCCCUGGCCAGAAUUGAAAACAUGUAUACGUGAGCUCAUGAAAGAUAUACGUCACUGCGAACACGAGAAACGAUCAAGGACUCUGUACAAACUCCUUGUUGCUGUAGUGGAAGCAAUCCCCCACACCAUUUCUGUGCAAGACGGCCUAGACGGACCCUCACGUGAUUUCUUGACGGGGAACUUGUUGCCAGCUUUGUUGGGCCAUAUUACCGCGGGAGGUAUCGGCGGUAAUCAUGUUGAAAUCAAUGAACUGGUGCAGACAAAGCAGAAUCGCUACAAGCGAGGCUCAUCAGGUGCAGUGUUUCGUGCCCCAGUGGCCAGCGCCAUUGCACAUCUACUAACCUGUUUUCCAGGCUCAGACGGAGACGUGAUUAUUCCACAGCUAGUGGCCCCGUUGGCGAAUGCAUUGCGAUCACGCAAAACUGCGGUUCGUGACUCCGCCAAAAAGGCUCUCAAUUCUAUAAUAAUGACUCUAGGCACCCGAUAUUUGCCGUAUAUUAUACAGCAAGUACUUUCGGCUCUCAAGGAGGGAUUUCGUAAGGAUGCCUGUGUGUACGUCAUACAUUCUAUACUGGUGGGGAUACGGGACAAGACCAAUGAUACUUCAAAGAACGGAAACAGUGACUCCCUGAGUCUCGAUGGUGCAGCGCAAAUCAUCGCUAAAUAUUUGGCAGAUGAACUUCAGAGUGGAGCAAGCACGUCGGGAAAAGAUUUCGAGGAUCCCAACGCAACAGCUUUUUUUCAGAAACAAGCCUCUUCGAGAGCGAUAAGAUCAUGCGAAUGCGCAGAGAUUUUAGCUCAGCAAAUUGACUUUGGCAAGAGUGCUCGCAUUGUGUUACUUCCUUUCCGAAAUUUGCUGUCUAGCACAUCGUCUUCGAAACUCAUUUCAAGAACAGAAAACCUUCUCGGUCGAGUUCUGACUGGCCUCGCUAAAAAUUGUUCGAUGAAGUCCAAAGAUGCGCUGACGUUUUGCUACGAACUUAUCUCGGCUCAGAAAGAUUCAGAAUGGCUGCAUGAUGCAACUAGGAGUGAUCAUGAGCCUCCAGAGGCUAAUGUUUUGAAAGAAUUGUAUGCAGUUUCCAGGGGCUGUGCGACGAUGGUCUCUUUUGGAUUACAGCUUAUGUGCAUUGUCGUGUCUAAGAACCAAAUACUCUUUAGCGGCGUCUCGAGCGAAUCUCGCGAGUACCAGGCAAUGUUAGAACCGUUCUUGCCACUAAUUGUUCAGGCUCUCCGGACAAAGCAUGACACUCUUACCCUUUUUGCUUUACGGGCAACCCAGAAGCUAAUGAAGUUACCGUUGUCGAACAAAAGUAUCGUUGCGCAGAUGAUGUCAGACAGAAUUGUUGAUGUGUUGUCGCACAGUGGAGGAGUGAUGACUCAUGGUGAUGUAUUGUUCAAUUCUUGCCUUCGAGCGGCAGCAGUUUUAAUGUAUGAUGGUAGUAACGGAGGAUUCAAGGCCUUAUCCAAAGAUCGUGUAGAAGCUUUGAUAUCCGUGUCAUGCAAGAGUUUGGAAAGUGGAGGGCUGGAAGCAAGGUCAGCUGCCAUUGCGCUUCUGAAAGCGGCAGUGGGCUCAAAAAUAAUGAUUUCAGCCGUCUAUGACGCUAUCGAAAGAGUUAACGAGAUGGCCAUUCAUUCCCAGUCCUCGUCGUUACGGUCAUCAUGUACCUCCCUCUCCGUUCAGUUUGCAGUUUCAUUCCCUCUCGGCUCAAAACGGGUUAGACAACACCUGGAAUUCUUCGUGCGAAACUUGAAUUAUGAACUGCCAACUGGACGCUUGGCUGCUUUACAGGUCAUAAGAACUUUGAUAUUGAAGUUCCCAAGCGAUGCACUGACGGAUGAGUCGCAAUAUCUGUUUGUGGCACUUGCCGCGAGUGCCGCACGAGACUCAGACGGGGACUGCAGAUCGUGUGCUUCGGAAGCUCUACAAUUGCUAUUUGAGAAGGCAUCGUCAGGUAGGGGUAUCUACAGCCUGCUGCAAAUGUCUACGGCCCUGGCGGGCGUUAAGUCGGAUAUGAUCGCUAUUGAUGAUCACAUUGAAGUCAUAACUACAAUCGAAGACGACGUUCAGCUUUCAGGGGCGGUGGCUCUGUCGAGAGCAUGCAAGAGCCGCCGAAUGACAUCUUCCCAGCUCAAUAUGAUUGUUCGUGUCGUUACUGUUGUCCUGACUGACCGUCUGGGAGAAGGCAAGUGGGAGACCGUCUAUGGGCUUCUCGACGCCCUUGAAAGUGCAUUUGACGUUCAGGAAACCGCAGUACAAUCGGAACGUCUCGAGGUGCAGCAGCACACGCUCAAGUUGUGGGACUCCUUGCCGUUGUUGCUGAUACACAAGCAUCCAUGGGUAAGGCUUUCAUCAGCACGACUGCUUGGUUCCCAUCUGAGCGUUCAUGGAGACAACAAAAGAGCUGCUGAAAAAAGGCCGGCGGUACCUUUUUCUUUGCUCUGGGAGUCAAGCACAAAUGUUCGCAAUAUUCUGAAUUGCUGUUGUGCACAACUCGAGGCAUCCUCUAUUUCAGAAAGCCUUGUUCAUCAAUGUCUUAAAAAUAUAUUGUGCAUCGCGAAUGUACUAUUUCACAACCCUGCCAUUGGGGACCUUGCGCGAGAGCCCAGAGCUGGAAAGAGGGAUAUUCAACAAGAGAACCAGAACGCUGUUAUUGUCCCCACAAGCUUGAAAACACGAAAUCCCGGUCUGCAUUGGUUAGUGUGCCGCGUAUCUGGACUGGCAACGCGACCAGGUACGGAAGCAGCAGACAGCCUUCGGCGCGGUUGUGCUAUGCGGUUUCUUCACGUGAUCGCCAAGUGGUGGGGUGUUGACUUCGUUCUCCCAAACCAAAAGCUGUUUAUCGCCCCUAUUGUGAAGGUACUAGAGCACAAAGCCCCAACAACUGUCUCUCAGGUUGGAAACAGAGGAUAUGAAAGCUUAGUAGCGAGCCAAGAAAAUAUUGGCAUGGAUGGGUUGAAGGAAAUUGCUGGGACACUGCAGGAAGCGCUUGUUGAGGUGUUAGGUGGUGGCGCCUAUUACAGCAUGUAUAAGCUUUUGCGAAAUGAGCGCAAUGAGGUCAAGGAAGCUCGAAAACGACAAGCUGCUUUUGAACUCGCCAUAAACCCAGAACGGGCAGCCAAGAGGAGAAGGAAGAAAGCCGAGUCAAGGAAACGCAAAAAGAAGGGUGGUUGA